AUGUUAGAGACUGUGAUGCACUGGGAUGAGCGUUGUCGUCGCGAGCUAAUUCGACGCCAGUUAGCUGUGAUAAGGACACAGUCUAAUAGUUCACUCGACAAAUUUUCGGCCAUCACAGACGAUAGCAGCGAAUCCAGUCGCCAAAUAAACCAAUCAAACCUAGAAGUUGCAAAAACAUUCGAUUCCAAUGAGACAAGGAAACCAUCUUCAACCCACAUCGUUGACCGAUCAAAGGUCGUUGGGCAAGCUAUACCAAGAGAAAUCACUGUUACAUCAUCGGGAGCAACAGAAAUAGCAAAAUCUGAGCCAUCUUCGUCGCCUUUAUUACGAAUGACCUCAUCCUUGCUCCCUGCUGGAGAGACAGGGCCUAUAUCCGACCAAUUAACCAGCGAUUUAACGCCUUUUCCUCCACAUUUACCCCCCUCGGGUCCUUCGCCUUCACCCACUUCACAUAUCCAUGUCUCCUCUGCUCCCUCCACCUCGUCUAUAAACCAAACUGAACUGGAUCGCCGAUCCCAGCUCGCUCGUGAGGAGGAACAUAAACCCGGAAAGGAUGAGACGAGACCUGACUCUCCUUCCGAUGGUCGACUUAAGACCGAGUCUAGUGGACAUUUAGCUACUGCCUCAGAGACAGAGUCAAUAAAGAUAGAGCUUUCCGAACCAAAGAAUGGCCAGAAUCCUGGACAGAUGUUGGAAGCUAAAGAGGUGAGGCUUGCAUUAAUUAUCUACUCUUACGAUUGA